AUGAGGUUGUUUCAAAAGUUCAAAAAUAUCAUUGGUGUUGGGAAAAGAGUAUGGUUUCAGGCUAAUGACCCUUGCAGACAUAAUGUUGCCAUAAUUUUUAUUAAGGGUCAAACUAACACAUACAGGAUGACCCACACAACAAGAAAGGCUCUGCAACUACCAGAAACGAUUUCGAAAGCUUUAGAAGCCACGCUCGUGGAGGGUCAUGCAACCGGCAAGUUUUUCGAAAACAGAGAGAUUGUAAAAGGCUAUGACUUUGACAAAGGACUUGAUUACCACGAGAUUUUCAAGUCCUUCAUGAACAAUGGAUUUCAGUCGACACUCUUUGCUAAAGCUGUUAAUGAAGUCAAUGCAAUGAUAGCAAAAAGGAAACUACCUUUGACAGAUGUAAGCCCAUACAUAGAUGAAGAAGUAAAACCAAGAAAAAACUUAACAAUAUUUCUCGGAUACACUUCAAAUAUGACAUCAUGUGGAGUUCGAGAUGUUAUACGAUUCCUUGCAAAACAUCAUCUGGUCGACUGCCUUGUAACAACUGGGGGUGGAAUAGAAGAAGAUUUUGUUAAAUGUCUUGGCCCUACAUUUGUUGAUGAAUUUAAUUAUAAUGGAAGUGAAGCCAGAAAGGCUGGAUUGAAUCGUAUUGGAAAUCUAAUUGCACCAAAUGAUGGGUAUUGUAAAUUUGAAGAUUGGUUUAUGACUGUGCUUGAUAGAAUGCUGGCAGAACAGACUGAGAAUAAUGUGAAUUGGACACCAUCAAAGAUGAUAAGACUCAUGGGAGAAAUGAUAGACAAUGAAGAAUCUAUUUAUUACUGGGCAUUUAAGAACAAUAUCCCAGUACUAUGUCCAGCAAUAACUGAUGGAGCAAUUGGCGAUAACAUUUAUUUCUAUUCCUAUAAAAAUCCAGGUCUUAGAAUUGACAUUGCAGAAGAUAUCAAAAAGAUUAAUGACUUGUCUGUAUAUUCAAAGAACACUGGAAUGCUUAUACUUGGCGGUGGACUUCCAAAACAUCAUAUUUGCAAUGCUAAUUUGAUGAGGAACGGUGCUGAUCAUUCUGUUUUCAUAAACACUGGUAUGGCAUUUGAUGGAAGCGAUGCAGGUGCAAGCCCCAAUGAAGCAGUCUCUUGGGGCAAGAUCAAAGACUCAGCAAAGCCUGUUAAGGUUGUUGGCGAAGCCUCAAUUCUUUUCCCUCUGCUUGUUGCUGAGACGUUUGCCAGAGACUUUUAUGGCAAGAAUGAUGAGGUAUCCAAUGGUUCUGCAGCACUGACCAAAUGAUAUCGUGAUGUACGUUAUAACUUAAUUUAAUCCACAAAUUCAUCCUGCGCCGUCCAGCAGUUUCCAACAACAUUGAUAAUUAAGCCAAGUCUUACAUCUUUUAUUCAGCCACACACCAAGUUUGAAUGAACAAACUUAGGGAAUCGCUUCUGCGUUUUAAUCAAAUGUAAACAACAAAAACUUAGUUGUGAAUGGGAAAUGAAAGUACCUACUAUACAAUUGCUGAAUGUGGCAUGAGGUAGAAACGAUGCUUAACCUAUUCUUACAUAUUUUAAUGAAGCAAA